AUGGUCAUAUUCCGAUUAGUAAAGUUUGCCAUUGCGUUUGGUGUAGUGGAAGUUGAAGGCAUAAAUCUGUUAUCAGCAACGAUGGAAUAUGAAAGCAAAACCGGUGGUGAAAAUCUGAGAAACCAAGAUGUGAUGGACAUGAUCAGUGAGUUGCCUAGAGAUUUGAUUAUACAGAUACUAUCUUCACUUUCAACAAAAGAUGUCGCAGCGACGAGUGUUUUGUCCAAGAGUUGGAGAUCUCUUUGGAAGAUGGUGCCAAACAUCAAGUUUGUUUCUGGUUAUCACGACAAAACUGAAAGCCAUAGAUUUUCAGAGAUUGUCUGCAAGUCUUUGCUUUCAUGUAGCUCUCCGGUUCUAGAGAGUCUUUAUUUGGUAAAUAUUUAUGAAUCUGAAGCUUCAGAUGAUAUCGAAAUAUUGAUUGGAGUUGCAUUUGCACGCCCUGUGCGUAAAUUAGUACUGGAGCUUCUUCUAAAUAAAGACUAUGACGGAAACUUGAUUAGAAUAUUGCCGAGUGUUUUCUCUAGCUGUAAUAACACACUGGAAAUAUUAGAACUCAGCAGUAUGGUAUUGCUUUUAGACUUCCUUUGUCAGGUCAGUUUAAGGUCCCUUAAAAAGCUGCGCCUUGUAUAUGUGGAAUUCAAAGAUGACAAAUCUAUUUGCAACCUUUUAUGUGGCUGCCCUAUUCUUGAAGAUUUGGUUGUGCACCGAAGGAACAAUUAUGAUGCAGAGACUUUCACUAUGGCGCACGUGUUUUUCGAUUAUAAGUAUGAGGGCGACUUGAUUAGAUUUACGAGUGUUUUCUGCAGCUGUAAUAACACACUGGAAAUAUUGGAACUCAGUACUAUGCUUUUAGACUUUCCUUGUCGGGUCGGUUUGAAGUCUCUUAAAAUGCUGCACCUUAUAAAUGUGAAAUUCAGAGACGAGGAAUCUGUUUGCAACAUUUUAUGUGGCUGCCCUAUUCUCGAAGAUUUGACUGUGAACCAAAGGGGCAAUUAUGAUGCAGAGACUUUCACUAUUGCAGUGCCAUCAUUACAGAGACUAACCAUAGUAGAUACUUUCCUAGGAAAAGUUAGUGGAGGCUAUGUGAUAAACGCCCCUUCUUUGAAAUACUUGAACAUCAAAGGGGUGGGGGCUGAAUGGUUAGGCGGAAUCAUCAGUUCAGGCGAGGAUUAUGGGUUUUUUCUGAUUGAGAAUGCGACAGAACUGGUGGAGGCUAAAAUCAUAGGCGUUAUAAUUGAUAUCCAUGUACACAAUGAGGAUAUUUUGGCUUCUCUAACUUCAGUCAAACGUCUUUCUUUAGACUUUUCACCCUUGAAGAUCAAGUGUCCUACUGGUAUUACCUUCUAUCAGCUGGUAUCUUUGGAGCUGAAUACACGUAAAACUGAGUGGUCGAAUCUACUUGCGCGCAUGCUCGAUAAUUCUCCUAAAUUGCAAAUCCUCAAGCUCAUUUACACCGGACAUGAGUAUAACGAUAGACCAAUAUUCCCUUUCCGAUUGGCCGAGGAAUGGAAGCAACGUCCAAAAUGCGUACCGGAAUGUUUGUUAUUCCAUCUUGUGACAUUCCAGUGGACAAAUUACCCAUGGGAACUAAAAGAAGAGCUAGAAGUGGCAAAAUACAUUUUAAAGAAUGCAAGAUGGUUGAAGAAAGCAACUUUCUAUACAGAACCGGAAGAUGUCGAAACCUUGGAAGAGAAACGUGAGAUACUAAACGAGUUGUCUAGUGUAGCUUCAAAUUCAUGUCACCUCGUCUUUGAAUCAUCAUCCAACUAA